GUGAGUAGUAUAGAACUACUCAUCUUAAUCAGGCAGCAGUAAACAGUUGCAUGCGAUUAUGCUUGCCUUCUCAUUUACCAUUUAUUGUAUCAAGAAGAUCACAUAUUUUGAUCUGAACAAUUUAUGUUUCAAAAGGAAGUUGCGGUGGAAUUUUACCUCGAACUUUGUGAAUGCAAAUUAAUUUUCAAAUUGUGAAUCUGAUUUAAGGCAAGUCAAUAACAAGCGAACAAUAGACAAAUGGUACUAUCUCUUAUAAUGAAUACAUUCAUCAGCUCAUCCAGUCCCGUAAAAAAUAAAGAUUUACUUCAUAAAUAUUAAAGUACUAAACUAAAUGAACUCUUCAUUAAAUUACUGAUCUCAGGACCUUGUAAGCAUUUCUGCUGCGGACGAUUUCCAAUUUAAAAUUGUCUAACAAACAGUAAAUCACAAAGUAAACUGACGAUUCAAUGCUCAUAUAUAUAUGUAUAUGGAUAUGGGUUCGUAAAAAAUGUUCAUGUAUGGUAUUAUCAUGGACCCGUUUUCAUGGAUUCGAUUCCUUUUACAAGCUCAACAGAAAUGCGCUGUAAUUGGACUGCUUGGUUGUACUAAUGUUUUUAUUAUAUUCGCUUGGUUACUCGAGCGUGCAAUUGUUCGGGGAUUAGUUGGUGGUAAAUUUGCUAUGGCACUCAUUUGGUGGAAUUUACUUUGCCUACUUGCUUUUCCGACAAUCAUGAUACUAUCAAUAGAUUUCAAUCCUCUGUUUAGUGCACCUGUACUAGGAGUAUACACAAUAGUGCUUUUGAAACUUUAUUCAUAUGCCGAUGUGAAUCGAUGGUGUCGUCAAUCAACUGGGAACAAUGAACAAGAAAUAGAUAUCGCUUUAAAAAAUUUAGGGAAACCAGAUUUCACCAAGGAUGAUAGCUUCUUUAACACCAACACCAUCACCGCUAUCUCUAAAAGUAACCACAUUAGUUCUUUUGCAAAUACUGUUUCUUCAAGCAAACUAAAACUUUCUGAGACUGUUACAACCAGUAUUCAUUCUGAUAAUGUGGAAACUAUCUCUCAAACAGUUCCCGGUAUUAGUAAUUCAGAAGACGAAUCUACUGCAGAAGAUCAACCAGUUAAAAGGAAAUGUUCUCCUGUAUUAGAGGAUGUAAGCGUUACUAUACAAACAGAAGAUGCAUCUAUUGAACAUGAUUCAUCAAAUGAAAUAACAAAUGACUUUAAAAGUGUUGAGUUACAAAAUGAACAUAUCUCUGGAGCUGCAGAGCAGUUUGUCGUCAACCGAAAAAUUAAAACUGCAAAUUUUUCUGCUGAUUCUAAUUAUGUAUCAACCAAGCUGAAGUCCUCCGAGUACCUUAAUAACUUGGAAGCGAAGCAUAAAAGUCGAGUCAGAAAAUUGCGACCAUCCCGAUUCAGCGUUUGUGAGGUUCCAGAUAACGGUAAUAUAAAUUCAGAUCCAGUAGAAUUGGAAGUCAACACUUUGGUACAUGAUGAAACAUGCAUUAAGUUCAGUCGUAGUCUAUACGUUACUUAUCCAAAUAAUUUGACUCUGACGGAUAUAUACUACUUCAUGUUUGCUCCAACGUUGUGCUAUGAAUUAAAUUUUCCCCGUACGCUGACAAUUAGAAAGCAGUUUUUAUUCAAACGUGUUUUUGAACUGAUAUUCAUUCCACAACUUAUACUCUGUAUGAUUCAACAAUGGAUUUUACCCACCCUAUCGAACAGUUUCACACCAUUUGCUGAAUCUAGAUUCAGUUUAAUUGUUGAGCGUUGUUUAAAGCUGGCUAUACCAAAUCAUCUUAUCUGGUUAAUGUUCUUUUACCUUUUUUUUCACUCACUGCUGAAUGUGAUUGGAGAGAUUCUAUAUUUUGGAGACCGAUUUUUUUACAGUGACUGGUGGAACGCAGAAUCUAUACCGGAAUUUUGGUCAAAAUGGAAUAUUCCUGUACAUCGUUUUGCCAGACGACACAUAUACAUUCCUCUGUUAAAGAUGGGUCUCAGCCGAUUCCAUGCUAGCCUUGUAGUUUUCUUCGUUAGUGCAUUUUUCCAUGAGAUACUUGUAUCAAUUCCAUUGAAGAUGCCAAGAUUUUGGGCCUUUCUUGGUAUGCUAGGUCAAGUGCCGUAUGCUUACAUUGUCUCACGUUUAUUCUCGAAUGGUGGUCAAGCUGGUAAUUUAGCUGUAUGGCUAGCAUUGAUCAUUGGCCAACCAAUGGCUAUUUUAGCUUACUUCCAUGAUUACUUCAUUACACAUUACAAUGUCAGCAGCCUGUGAACAAGAAAUGAGUUAGCAAACUCUUCAGUCAAUUUCAACCCAAUGACUAUUUUUUAAAAUGAUCAAAUAUUUAUAUGCACGAAGUGAUUUACUGGUAAACGUUUUUUAGACAAGCAACUAACAUAAAAAUUUUUUUAGAUUAGGUAAGCUUUUAUCACUUUGAUGUACCUACUGAAAUCAUGGAGCUGAUUGUUCGGAUCUACUAACCUGAGUUUCUUUCUCUGUCUCCCUCACACACUCACACAGUUAGCCUCUGUAUCUUUCCACCUGUAUUUCUUUCUCAUCUAUUUCCUGUUAUAUUGUUGUUCACACUCAUCCAGAUCAUUUGCACUUCUGUUAUUCAUUUGUACAAAAUAGAAGCUGAUACUGUGGAAUUCACCUCUGAUUUUUUUGCAGACUUACACAACUCUGCAUCAUUAUCCUCAUCAAAUGAGUUUUCUACCUUUAUAAUUAAUAUUAUUUUUCUCUGUACUUUUAAGACCAGUUCUUUUUCUAUUAACUGAAUAACAAUUAUUAAUUAUACUUACUGUGCGUAUCCAUGUAUAUGCGUAUGUACGAAUAAGUGAGUUGGUUACGACCAUGUACAAGUCUUUUGUACUCUGUUUUUCAAGCUGUAAUAAUGAGUAUGUAUAUUUACUUAUAUGCGCACCGCUACAGACAUGUAUAGAAUAAAAGUUUCAUAUAACGUUA